AUGGCGCCCCCCGUGCAGAGCACCCCCGCCGGUGUGGGUUUCGUCAACCUCGACGACGACUUUGGCGAUGACGACGACGACGAUCUCAUCGACGAGGAUACUCUACUGACCGAGGAGGAUCUGAUGCGCCCUGUCAACAUCCCCCCCGAGUGUGCUCCCAAGGCCGGCAAGCGCCGCCGCGCCUGCAAGGACUGCAGCUGCGGUCUGGCGGAGAGGCUGGCGGCCGAGGACGCUGCGAAGCGCGCCGCCGCCGACGCCCAGCUCGGCGCCAUCCAGAAGCAGGCCGCCAACGUCAAGCUGGCCGCUGACGAUCUGGCCGAGGUUGACUUUACCGUCCAGGGCAAGGUCGGCAGCUGCGGCAACUGCGCCCUGGGCGACGCGUUCCGAUGCGACGGAUGCCCCUAUGUCGGUCUCCCUCCCUUCAAGCCGGGCGAGGAGGUUAGACUCCUCAACAACGAGAUUCAACUGUAA